CUGAUCGGGCCAGUAGUAUCGAGUUAGGUCUUCCCAACUGCGAGAUAAUUCAGUAAGUACACUUUCACUCAAAACAUGAAGCCUAUACUGAAUAACCAUAGCAGGGAUGUCUCCAGUCUCUCUGCCGAGUUUGGUUUACCUACACAGUCUCCGGAACUGAGAAGUACAUACCAGACGAUGGCGUGCAGGCAGUGCUCCAGUGUGUACCGCGGCGAAUGGGCCAAUCACAACCUCGAUCGCCAUGUUAAGAGCAAGCACGGACUAGAUGGGCCUAAGGUUGUGCGAUGUGAGAUCCUUGGAUGCGGGCGGCAGUUCCGCCGCGGCGAUGCACUCCUCGUCCACCGGAGGAGGCACCACUCUCACCUGAAGAUCGCGCCGCCGCAGGCUCGACGGAAGAGGUAUGGAGAGAGAUGAGUUGGAUGUCCGAAACUUUGAUCAAUGGCAUUGUUGGCUGCAGACAGAAAGACACGCGGGCUGAGUGGAACGGCGUUUUAGAUCAAGUGGAGCUUGAAGUUUACAUCUGCGUUUCAGCGAC